CUUAGCAAAUUAGGUUUGUCUGGGAUGCUUUUCGAUAGGUUGAUGUGGACUCGAUGGGCCGAAUGGCCGACUUCCACACUGUCGUGAUUCUUCAAUGAAAUUCUAAACAUUCUAAAAUACAGAGUACAUGGGUAAUACACAAGGGAUACGGGGGUUGGAGAGGUGAAUGGGGUUGAGGAGAAGAUUAUUUUUAAAGGCAUUGGUAGUGUCCCUACUUCUAGAAGGCCCGAGUUCAAGAGCCACCAGCGUAACACAUUUGAACAUGUUGAUUAAAAAUUAGGAAGUGCUGGAAAAUGAGGAUAGAAUGUUUGAUGAAACACAGAACUGAAGAUAUAAACAGAAUUACUGGAGAAUUGGGUUCUGAAGAAACGUCGCGGGACUUGAUCUGUCAACUCUGUUUCUCUCUCCACAGGUGCUGCCAGACCUGCUGAGUUUCUCCAGCAAUAUCCGUUAGAUUGUUUGAUGAGUGGCGCGGAUGAGCUGCCGUGCCAAAACUCUCUGACUCCAAAAUAACCUUUGUCCACAGUUCCCCCACACUGCCAAAUUAGGCCGUGUUAAAAAUAACAGAAAACUGUCAGGGAAGACUGGCAAAGCUAGAACUAACGUUUGGCCUCCUGCGCAGUUUUCUCUGUCAAGACAUAUGGGGUAAUCGAUUCGUUUACUUUCCUUCUGUUUUCAUAAAGAAAGGAAAGAUUGUAAUCACAUCGGGGCGCUUGGACACAGAUCUGGGAGCAGACACUGGAGUGAAAUUGACAGGGAAGUAAGGGGUCCUGGGCGGGUGCAACCCCCCCGUCCAUUGUGACGCGAGGCUGCAACUGGCAACAAUUUGGCCCAAUCGAGACGGAGCGCUGUCCCUACCCCGCACUCAUUGGGCAGUGAAACGUCAAGGGGGACCAAUCAAGGUGGAGGCUGGGCGGGGCUUCGCGCUGCCAGCUCUCGGUUGGGUUAAACCUCGGGGCGAGUGAGAAAUUUCUUUUCCUUGAUUCUGCCUUUCGGCGAGUUUGGUGCUUCCUGGACGUUCAGCUUGUGUUGCUGGUAGAGGAGCCGGAAAGCAACGGCAACGCCGUUAGGUUUUAUGCUUUUUUUAAAAAAAUCCCAUUUUGGUUUUCUUUUUACACCUCUGAACUCAGUUAAUAAACUCAGAAUAAAAUUCGUGCAGAAACUGGAGGAGAUCCCUCAUUAUUGAUCUUCCAGGAUUUAACGUGCAUAAACAUCCCUGUUUGUAGAUAUAUUAUUGAACGUGCAGAGAACCGAGGCAGCGAGACGCGGUGCGGAGAGGGGAGCCCCAGUUCUUGCUAUGAGACAGACGGCGAAACUCCGGUAGCGACUCGGUGGGCAAUGCGAUGAGGCUCAGAAAUGGGACUGUGGCGUUUGUGUGUGUCACCUUCGUCAGCCUGUCCUGGUACACAACCUGGCAAAAUGGAAAAGAAAAGCUAAUUGUCUAUCAGCACGAGUUCCACGCCUUGAGAGAGCGGCUACGUGCAGCUGAGCACCGAACGUUGCAGCGUUCCUCAGAACUAAAUGGUGUCCUGGAGCAAUUCAAACGUAUAGUGGCUGCAUCAAAUGGCAGCAAAGAGGCCCUGAGCAAUUUUUCAGAUGAUGCCAAAAAGCUGUUGAAAGAUUUGACCAACAAGAAUGCCCUAAAAGUGCCAAAUAUCUACCAUCACAUGCCCCACUUACUGAACACUGAGGAGAGCCUACAGCCUGCUGUGCAGGUUGGAAGUGGCAGAACUGGUGUGUCCUUAGUUUUGGGGAUUCCAACCGUGAAGAGAAAAGUUAAGUCCUAUCUUGCAGAAACACUUCACUCAUUAAUAGAUAAGCUGUCUCCUGAAGAGAAACUAGAUUGUGUUAUCGUGGUGUUCGUAGGAGAGACUGAUCUCGAUCACGUUCAUAGUGUCCUGGAAAGCCUGGAGAAAGAAUUUUCCAUAGAAAUCAAUUCAGGAUUAAUAGAAGUCAUAUCACCUCCUAUCACUUACUACCCAGACUUGACAAGCCUGAGGGAAACCUUUGGAGAUUCAAAAGAACGUGUCAGAUGGCGGACAAAACAGAACUUGGAUUAUUGCUUCCUUAUGAUGUAUGCCCAGAAAAAGGGGAUUUAUUAUGUUCAGCUUGAAGAUGACAUAGUUGCCAAAGAUCAUUACUUCAGCACCAUGAAAAAUUUUGCACUUCAGCUUUCUUCUGAAGAUUGGAUGGUACUAGAAUUCUCGCAGUUGGGAUUUAUAGGUAAAAUGUUUCAGUCUCCUGAUUUGAAUCUUAUUGUGGAGUUCAUCCUGAUGUUCCAUAAGGAGAAACCCAUUGACUGGCUGUUAGACCAUAUCUUGUGGGUGAAGGUUUGCAACCCUGAAAAAGAUGCAAAACAUUGCGAGCGGCAAAAGUCUAACAUCAGGAUUCGAUUCAGACCAUCCCUAUUUCAGCAUGUUGGGCUGCAUUCUUCGCUGGCAGGCAAAAUUCAGAAAUUAACAGAUAAAGAUUUUAUGAAGCCUUUACUUCACAAAAUGCACGUUAAUCCUCCUGCAGAAGUUUCAACAUCUCUAAAAAUUUACCAAGGUCAUUCAUUAGACAAAGCUUACCUGGGAGAGGACUUCUUCUGGGGCAUCACUCCUAUUGCUGGUGACUAUAUACUUGUCAGGUUCGACAAACCGCUGAAUAUAGAUAGGUACCUGUUUCACACUGGGAAUACAGAACAUCCUGGAGACCUGCUGUUGAAUACAAGUGUUGAGGUUUUGCCUUACAAGGAUUCAGGGUCUGAGUUCCUUCAGGGGACCAAAGAAUCAAGAUACAAGCGUACUGAAGAUGGAUUUUUCAGAAUAGGCAUAUUUGCAAAUGGAGUAGCUGAAGGUGCUAUUGACCAGCGACUGAAUCCCAUCACUGCCAUUAGGUUGUCAGUUUUACAAGAUUCCACUGUGUGGGCUCUUCUUGAUGAGAUCCAGCUUAAAAAAGCUGCCAAUUAAUCAGUAUUUAAACAAGAUUGAGAAUGGAUCUAUUUUAUACAACAAAAAGUCCCACAGAAGUUUAAUAGCUUCGUAGAUACUCUUUAAUAAUGAAAUGUUGGUACUGAUCACAGAAUUCAUGGAUAUAUCGCCUCAUCGUCUGAUCGCCGUGGAUGUUUAUUGUUCCCGGACACUACCUCCUGUGAAAUCUACUGUAAUUUUCUAUGUAACAAUCCUAAUUUUGAAGAAUUAUCAGCUGGAACUUCUUGGUAAUCAGAAGCUAAUAGACUGGUCUACUUAUCAUGAGUUUAGCUGAGUUAUAAAUGUAUUUUUUGUUACCCAUUUUAUCAGUAAAAUUUACCUAAAUGCCAAGUAAAGAUAAACAAAUAAGUAAGACUACUUCUAUAUAAAGAGGUUAAAUGUGUUACAAUGUUUGAACAUACAUUGUGCAUCAGGGACAGAUACUGUACAAACAGGCGGGAAAGGAUAGGUCAGGCUGAUGGGACAAGGAAACCUUUAAUUUAUUGUAAAUAUGCAUAGCAUAGAUGUGUAUCAUGUUUUAAGGCAUUCCAGGCAGAUAUAGUUUUUUGAUCAUAAAUACUAUAUUUAAUUUCUAAACAAUUAUGUUAACUUCUGAAGAAAUGUUUUAAUUUUUAUGAAGGAGAGAAAUUGCCUUUUCAAAGCCUUGACUUGUGAAUGUUGAAAUUUGCCAUGUCCUUGAGACGCAGAUGUAUCUCAUUGUGUUCCAGCAGCAUUGAGGCGUGUAAAGACAUAUGUGCCUUAAGUGUCAUGUUGCUACAGCUGGUUAGUAUUGGCAAUAUUGAGCUGAUAGCAGGCAACAAUUCUUCUUUACGUUUUAACAAGUUAUUUACGUAUAAAGAGGCCAAGAAAAAGUGGAAAUCUUGCUUAUUGGAAAAUAUUCUUAAUGAUCUCAACAUCAUUUUCAGGAAAGUAAUGUAUUAUUAAUAUAGUGCUUAUACAUUACUCCCAUAUGGCAAAAAAGUAACUUUAAGGUAUCAGGUAGGCUCUUUCAUAGUAGCUUUGUAUCAUCACUUAGGAGAAAGUGAGGACUGCAGAUGCUGGAGAUCAGAGCUGAAAAUCUGUUGCUAGAAAAGCGCCGGAUACUCAUUCCUGAAGAAGGGCUCAUGCCCGAAACGUCGAUUCUCCUGCUCCUUGGAUACUGCGCUUUUCCAGCAACACAUUUUCAUCUUACCAUCACUUAGGCAGGCCCAGGUUGCAAAUGGGUUCCAUUCUUGAUUUCAUUCGCAUGUCAAUUCAUAUGCAAAUUGGAGCACAGUGCAGGACAAAAUAAAACAACCAGUCAUAUGUAAGAGGAAACUGCCUUGUCAGAUCUUUAAAAUGUCACCCCUGUAUGGAAUUGUGUUCCUAAGUGUGAGCAUUCACAAGUUGGAUGUUCGUAAAUCAGAGCUCCCUGUAGUUUGAGUGACAUUGCAAAGUUUUUCUUGUAACUUGGAUAAUUUUCCUCAGCAUACAUAUACAUUUAAAGAUUUUAUUUCUGGAAACAUGAGUUGGAUGCAUUGGAUACAGAGUUUACUUGCUGUGUUUUUUUUCAACUGUAUGGAUUCUGCAAAUGCUGGCUGUUGGGGCCACUUUGUCCAAAAUAUUUACCUAACUGUAUAACCGGUGAUAAUUCUUUCCAGUUUUCUACUGGAAAGCUUUAUUUUUAGCAGAUAUAGACAGGCAAUGUGCAUUAAAUUAGAUGUUUAUGAUCAUGUGCAAUGAUCCAUUAAAUUGGUGGUGUUUUAACACCAUUUGAAAUGUGACUAGGAAAAGGGUUUCUCUGUUGGAGGAUGGCAUAAAUAUUAUAAACUCUGCUUGGAUAUGCCAAAGUUUGCAUUAAUAGGUGCAACAUGGAAUGUAGUGACUCAGAUAGUAAGUGUAGAUUCAUGUUUUCAGUGAUUCCAUUUAUUUAAAAAUUCUAUUUAAAUUGGAAGAUCUUAGUAUUUUAAAGUCUUGAAGAAAUAAUUAUUGAAAAGAUCAUGAUAGACUUCAGUUGUCUCCCAACUACAUCAAGGUAAUUUAUAGAUAUUGGGAAAGGGGUGGAUAGAGAGGGAAUACAAAAACAGGUCAACAGUGUUGGGGGACAAAAUGUUUGCUUCAUAAAGAAAUUACCAACAAAGUUGAGCAAGUUGAAGUGAAAGUUUUUGUUCCAAUUACUAACAAUGCACAAUUCAUAGUCAUAAGAUGAGCUGCCUACAUAUUAAGGAUCUGCAAUCUAAAAACAGGAAAUGCAGGCCAGUCAAUACCUACAAAGUGAAAAGACACAAUAAUAAUUUGGACAUUGAUCCUUUAUCAGACCCUUUAUUGUCAAGGGUCUCUAAUAACAGAUGCAUUCAUUUUAUGAAGUAAUUAUUUAAUAAGUAAACAAUUGCACAGCAAAAACUGACAAAAAUAUAUAUUUUUAAAUUAUUUAAAACAUGAAGCCAAUACAAGAUCAAACCAUUUGAUUUCUGUUUCAAUUCUUCUGAUAAAACUAUUUUCAUCAGAAAAACAGGAUAAAUGAUGAAUGUUAAGUAAAUGUCAGAGUGGAUAGAUCUGAAUUUAAAUUGUGAGAUUCCUUGUGGGUCUUCAUUGAUUCUUAAUUUACAUUCAGAAAAGUUCAAUCUAAUCUUCCAAAAUAUCUGAAGCUGAGGAUCUAUUUAUGGCACCUCUAACCCAUCCUUCAUCUUGUGUACGUUGUAUUUGUAUGAUUUCCACAGUUGUUUAUUGUGUGUGCUGGCUGUGUGUGUGCUACGUUAUAACAUACAAAAAAGUUACAAACGUGUGCGGUCGUUGCUUUUCCUUCUUGCAAUUUCUUCUUGAAAAGUCAAAAGAAUCACGUAAGGAUACGAGAAAACAAUACUUCAGGGGUUUUCCAUUAAGGUUUAAGAUUAGAGUGGUGCUGAAAAAGCACAGCAGGUCAGGCAGCAUCUGAGGAGCAGGAAAAUCUUUUACCAUUAAGGUUUAAGACUGAUCCAUAUUUUAUUAAAUCUGUGAGGGUUAGGGGGAACAUCAGAAUUAAUUCAUUAGAUGAGAAACAGUUUGGUUUGUCUUGUGGAUGGAUGAUGCUUUACAUUUAUUCAUAUACAUUCUAUUUGUACUUCUGCUACUGCUUGAAGCUGUACUAUAGAUCCAUGUUAAUUGCUCACAAAUUUUAAUUAAAUUCUGCAACAUAGAAUGAAAUACAGUAUAGUACUGUUGUUUGAAGGGUUGGGUCCUGAUUUUUAAUCACUGCAUUUAAAAUGGGAAAAAUAAAGUUGAAAUGUUGAUUAUGUGAAGUGAUUUACUGCUAAAUCCCUACUUGCACGGUGAUUUGUUUUUUAAAAUUUUGGUGAACCACAUGUACAGAUGAGCUCAUGCCUAGUAAAUAGGAACACAAAGAGGGCUUAUCUGUAACAAUUUUUUAAAUAAUAAAUUAUAGAUUCAUUGUGAUUCAGGUUUUAAGGAAUCCCUUUUACAUAAUAUGCCACAGAUCAUUUGCUUCUUGAAAUAUGAUGCUUUUGCUUAUUUUUAUGGAUAUGUUUAUGCUUUUGUUUGUAAGAAUGCUCCAGUGCACCUGCUUCUUUUAAUGUCAAUGUGCCUUUCAUCAAUGGUCUACAUUAUUUUCAUAAAUGUGCCAUAAUUUUGCAAUGAACACAAUUGUAAUAAAAUUGAACUUGUCAUACGUUGAAUUGUAAUUAUGUAUAGAAUGUUCUGUAUAACUGGCUUCUUUAACUUCGAUCCAUUGUGUAAUAAAUUGCUACAGUUUUGGACGUUAAUUUUGGCAUUGAAUUAGCCACUUAUUUGUAGUGUUCUUUGCAAUAUGUGGGUACAAUAAUAUAUUGGUUUAUAAUCACUGGAUUUGACCUAAUGAUCUCAAGACAUGAGUUCAAAUACCACCACAAAAAGUAAAUUCAAAUGUAAAUUGUUAAUUUUUAUAAGUCUGUAAUUAAAACAAAAACUAGUAAUACUGA